AGCCACAUAUUUUAUCCAGCCAACAAAAUAUAAGCUUACCCACUCAAUACAACCCAAUCAAACUUGAUCGCACAAAUUAUCUCAUAUGGGAAACAGUGAUUAUGCCAAUCAUCAAAGGCCACAAACUAGAUGGCUAUGUCCUUGGCGCCAAGUUAUGCCCUCCAGAAUUCAUGCCAAGAACAACACCAGGGAGUACAGUUAAAAUACCAAAUCUAGAGUAUGAAGAGUGGCUUUCAAAUGAUCAAUUGCUCUUGGAAUGGCUAUACAACACCAUGAGUUUAGAUAUAGCUUCCCAACUAAUGCCAAGAUCAACAUCAAAGGAGUUAUGGGAUGCAACAAAAGAAUUAUCAGGUGCGCAUACAAGGGCAAGAAUUGUCUACUACAAAGCUGAAUUACAAAAAAUAAGGAAAGGAGGAAUGAAGAUGGAGGAAUACUUAACAACCAUGAAAGCCAUUACUGACAACCUUUCUUUGGCAGCAACACCAACAACAGGUCAUGUAAUUCCAAUAAUGGCAGAGGGCAAAAUCGAUCGAAUUACAGAGGCACAAGAGGCAGAUUUCGUGGAAGAGGAAGCAGAAGCAAUGGAAAUAAAAUCUUGUGCCAACUUUGUGAUAAAGGAGGGCACGCUGCCUCCAUCUGCUGGAACAGGUUUGAUCGUAAUUUCUUAGGAAACUCCUCAAAUCAGCAAUCAAAUGCCCCGAUGGCUACUUCUGAAAUAGUUGAAGAUCCAUCGUGGUAUGUAGACACUAGAGCAAGCCACCAUGUGA